AUGGACGCCGCCCCUGAGCUGUCGAAAAGUGCCUUGAAGAAGGCCGAGAAACAGGCCCAUCUCGCUGCCGAAAAGGCUGCAAAGGCGGCGAAGAAGACCGCUCUUCCCGUUGUUGGAGGCAAGAAGAUGGACGAGAUUAUUGGAAUUACUAACCCCAAGGAUGAGAAUUUCUCAGCAUGGUAUCAAGAGGUAGUCCUCAAGGCCGAAAUGGUCGAGUACUACCAAGAAAUUUCAGGUUUCUUUGUUUUGCGUCCUUUGUCUAUGCACAUCUGGGGCACUAUCCGCAAAUGGUUCUCGGGUCAUAUUGAAGAACUUGGUGUGGAAGAGGCGAGCUUUCCCCUCUUUUUGUCCAAGACGUCGCUCGACAAGGAGAAAGACCACGUGGAUGGCUUCGCGCCCGAACUGGCCUGGGUUGAGAGAGCUGGUGACAAGAAGCUCGACGUUCCUGUCGCCAUUCGUCCAACCUCCGAGGCUGUCAUGUACCCUUACUACGCGAAAUGGAUCCGUAGCCACAGAGACCUUCCCCUCCGACUGAACCAGUGGAACUCUGUCGUACGUUGGGAAGCUAAGCAGACCACUCCGUUCCUCCGAACUCGAGAAUUCCUGUGGCAAGAAGGCCACACUGCCCAUCUGACCGAAGAAUUGGCAGGAAAAGAAGUCCUGGAAAUUUUGGAACUGUACGCAGGUGUGUACGAGCAGCUUCUUGCCGUGCCUGUAGUUCGGGGCUGGAAGACUGAAAACGAGAAGUUUGCUGGAGGAUACUAUACUGCGACCGUCGAGGGAUACAUUCCUUCCAACGGUAGAGGUAUUCAGGGGGCCACGUCUCACUGCUUGGGACAGAACUUCAGUAAAAUGUUCCAAAUCACAGUCGAGGACCCCCACAACAAGGGCCAGCAUGUUCACGUGUGGCAAAACUCUUGGGGCCUGUCCACCCGAGUCAUCGGCGUAAUGGUUAUGGUGCACGGUGAUGACAAGGGUCUUGUUCUCCCUCCCCGUGUCGCCCAAACCCAAGCCAUUUUUAUUCCUGUCGGUAUAAACAAGAACACCAAGCCCGAGGAUAGACAGAAGCACGAAGAGCAGAUUGAGGAUAUGCGUGCGACCCUCAAGAAGGCUGGUGUUCGCACACAGUCAGACUGGAGAGAGGGCUAUACGCCAGCCUGGAAGUUCAACGACUGGGAGAUGAAGGGUGUUCCAGUGCGACUUGAGUUCGGGCCCAAGGAUGCAGCCAAGGAAGUUGUCUCUUAUGCUCGACGUGACACUGGUGAGAAGGGAACCAUCCCUAUUGCUGACCUUGCGGCCAAGAUCCCCGAGCUCUUGGAAAGUAUUCAAGCGGACAUGUAUAAGAAAGCGGAAGCCGCCUUCAGAGAGCACCGCAAGAAGAUCACCAAGUGGGAAGAUGUUCUCCCCACGCUUGAUGAAAAGAAUGUUGUCCUCAUUCCUUUCUGUCUGGAUGGUAAAUGUGAGGACCGCAUCAAGGAAUUGACCACCCGCGUGGACGACAACCGAGAAGUCCCGGAGAACCAAAAGGUGCCUUCCAUGGGCAUGAAGAGUCUCUGCAUUCCCUUCGAGCAGCCCGACGGGGACGAGCUUGUUCCCGGUGAAACUGCAUGCUUGAACCCUGAAUGCUUUAGCAAAGCACAGAAAUGGGUCAUGUUUGGCAGAAGCUACUAG